CUGCUGUGCUGGGGUACUAACGCACUCGGCUUGGGCUCUGCCUUCACUGUAAGACUCACUCACCACAUACAUUGUUGGACUGACUAGAUAGGCUCCUCCUGGUCGUGCCUCCAACUCCCGUCUGCAAAAGUCUCUUCUGCACUCCAGUCCUGGCUUUGUAUGUCGCUCAAGGAAGGUAGGAGGCUGUUAGAGCUCCACUGGAUGGACAAGUGCUGCUAAGACGGCUUUCCACAGUUGUUCCAUCCUGGAAGUACAUAGGCAGAGGGACACAAUCCCAGGCAUACUGAUGCUGCAGAGUUCCGAUGAUGCUCUUUUAGCUGGUACGACUCAGCCAGAUCACUACGGAGGAACCUACUUUCCAACAAUGUGAAUGUACCUUUCUUGUUCGCAUUUUAAGUUUAGCCUUUUUUGUGUUCCUUUUGAUCGAUUGUUGAAGGCUAAGGUGCUUAAAAUUGCAAGAAAUCAGAGGGCGGCGGCAACUAAUAUUUACAGAGGAGUGUUACAACUCGCUGGGGAGCCCUAAACAUUUGUUUUGGGUGACUUAAUCAUCAUCAUUUUCUGUGAAGUGCGGUUGUGUGUCUAAGUGAUCCACAGUGGGAUUUUUCUGUGCUUUUAAUUUUCCUUCUACCAGACGCUGUCACCGUGCCUCCUUUACCGUGUGAGCCAUGGGGAAACAUACUGAGACUGCAGGGGACUGGAGACCGGGCGCAGGGCUGGUACGAUGGGGAUACUUGCUGAAACUGGUCAUCAUACCUGCCCUGGCAACGCUGGCUCUGAUGAGCGGUCAUGCUGCAGCGCAAGAUGAUGACUUCUUUGGUGAACUGCCAGAAACUUUUCCUUCAGAUCCUCCGGAACCACUGCCCCAUUUCUUAAUUGAACCAGAGGAAGCAUACAUUGUGAAAAACAAGCCUGUGAAUCUAUACUGUAAAGCUAGCCCCGCCACUCAGAUCUACUUCAAAUGCAACAGUGAGUGGGUUCACCAAAAGGACCAUGUGGUGGAGGAGAGAGUUGAUGAAACCUCAGGUCUUGUCGUCAGAGAGGUGAGCAUUGAGAUAUCUCGACAGCAGGUGGAAGAGCUCUUUGGUCCUGAGGAUUACUGGUGUCAGUGUGUAGCAUGGAGUUCAGCUGGCACUACCAAAAGUCGAAAGGCUUUUGUCCGCAUAGCAUAUUUACGGAAGACCUUUGAACAGGAACCAUUAGGGAAGGAGGUAUCAUUGGAACAGGAAGUUCUUCUUCAGUGCCGCCCACCCGAAGGAAUUCCUGUUGCAGAGGUGGAAUGGCUGAAAAAUGAAGAACUAGUUGACCCCACAGAGGAUCGCAAUUUCUACAUCACCAUUGACCACAACUUGAUCAUCAAACAGGCCCGCUUGUCUGAUACUGCCAACUACACUUGUAUCGCAAAAAACAUUGUGGCAAAGAGAAGAAGUACCACAGCUGCUGUGAUUGUUUACGUCAAUGGUGGCUGGUCUACCUGGACGGAGUGGUCAGUAUGUAGCGUCCGUUGUGGAAAAGGCUACCAGAAGCGUACCCGGACCUGCACCAACCCUGCUCCACUAAAUGGAGGUGCUUUCUGUGAAGGACAAAAUGUGCAGAAAGUUGCUUGCACUACUAUAUGCCCAGUCGAAGGAGGCUGGACUCCAUGGAGCAAGUGGUCAACCUGUGGGACAGAGUGCACACACUGGCGCAGGAGAGAGUGUGCUUCUCCAGUGCCCAAAAAUGGCGGGAAGGAUUGUGAAGGUCUGCCACUCCAGUCUAAAAACUGCACCGAUGGAAUGUGCUUGCAAAAAGUUGGUUUAACACAAAUUUCACCUGAACAAAGAGGUCACAAUGGAAAUGGAUUUUCUUCUGCUCCAAGUUCAGAUGACGUUGCCCUGUAUGUAGGCAUUGUGAUAGCUGUGAUUGUGUGCCUUGGAAUUUCAGUAGUUGUGGGACUGCUAGUUUACAGAAAGAACCACCGAGACUUUGAAUCUGAUAUCAUUGAUUCCUCAGCACUUAAUGGUGGAUUCCAGCCUGUCAACAUCAAGACUGCUCGACAAGACUUGCUUGCUGUCCCACCAGAUCUCACUUCUGCAGCUGCCAUGUACAGGGGCCCUGUCUAUGCACUACAUGAUGUUUCUGACAAGAUUCCAAUGACAAACUCCCCACUUCUUGAUCCAUUGCCAAACCUCAAGAUCAAAGUGUACAAUUCUGGUACUGUCACACCACAGGAUGACUUGUCAGACUUUUCGGCAAAAUUGUCCCCACAAAUUACUCAGUCUUUAUUGGAUAACGAGGCGUUGAACCUUAAAAACCAGAGUCUAGCACGGCAGCGAGAUCCAUCCUGUACUGCUUACGGGACCUUCAACUCCCUAGGGGGGCAUCUUAUUGUCCCCAACUCAGGUGUAAGCUUGUUGAUUCCUGCAGGAGCCAUUCCACAGGGUCGAGUCUACGAGAUGUAUUUAACAGUACACAGGAAGGAGAACAUGAGGCCACCAGUAGAGGACAGCCAGACACUGUUAAGCCCUGUGGUGAGCUGUGGGCCACCAGGUGCCUUACUGACACGGCCAGUUGUCCUUAGUGUGCGUCACUGUGCAGAACCCAGUACAGAAGACUGGAGGAUAGAACUGAAGAGCCAGUCAGCCCAAGGUCAAUGGGAGGAUGUUGUCAUUGUUGGAGAGGAAAACUUCACAACACCAUGUUAUAUUCAGUUGGACUCUGAGUCUUGUCACAUUCUUACAGAAACUCUGACCACAUAUUCUCUAGUUGGGCAAUCAGUCACCAAAUCAGCUGCAAAACGAUUAAAGCUGGCUAUUUUUGGCCCAGUGUCCUGCAAUUCCGUGGAGUACAACAUUCGAGUUUACUGCUUGGAUGACACAGAAGACGCACUAAAGGAAGUUAUUCAGCUGGAGAAGCAGACAGGUGGAGAGCUCUUGGAUGAGCCAAAGACAUUACACUUCAAAGGUAGCACUCAUAACCUGAGGCUGUCGAUUCAUGAUGUCCCACACUCUCUCUGGAAGAGCAGACUUAUAGCUAAAUACCAGGAAAUUUCCUUCUACCACAUCUGGAGUGGAUGUCAGCGACACUUACACUGUACUUUCACACUGGAGCGAUUCAGCAUGGCUACAUCGGAGCUUGUCUGCAAAUUGUGUGUCCGCCAAGUCGAAGGAGAGGGUCAAAUUUUCCAGCUCAACUGCACAGUGUCAGAGGAGCCCAGUGGUAUCGACUACUCUCUUAAUGAAUCAGCCACUCACAUCACAACGGUUGUGGGACCAAGUGCAUUCAGUAUCCCACUCUCCAUCCGUCACAAGCUGUGCAGUAGCCUUGAUGCUCCUCAGACCAGAGGACAUGACUGGAGGAUGCUGGCUCAUAAACUUAAAUUAGAUAGAUACCUUAAUUACUUUGCCACAAAAUCUAGUCCUACUGGUGUAAUCUUGGAUCUUUGGGAAGCACAGAACUUUCCUGAUGGGAACUUGAACACACUGGCUACAGUUCUAGAAGAAAUGGGAAGACAUGAGACAGUUGUCUCCUUGGCAUCAGAAGGAAAGCAUUGACCAGAAGAAAAUGUGGUGGCAGUAGGAUAAGAAACCCCAGAUGCAGGAAGUGGCUGUGCUUUGAAGUUUUGACUGGCAGAAAAAUGACCAAUGACUAUUGCAGAUGAUGAAAUUUAAGACUUUCCUAUAUAAAAAGAAAUAUCUUGUACAUUAUCACAGUAUUUUAAAAAUCAUGCAAAAGUUAUACUUCUGAAAUUUUUAGUCUCCUUAAUGUUCCUUCUGUUUUGCUGUACACUGCUUCGUACAGGUUUUUACAGUUUCCUAGGAAACGCUUUUUAUUGCUAUCCAGGUAAAUGGAUAAACUUUCUUAAUCCUGGUUCUUACGGUCUACAGUGUUUACAACAUUGGGUGGUUGGCUUAUUGAACAGUAGACAAAAGUGCCCGCUUCAGCGCUGUGUUAGUUCUGUCUCAUGUCCUUUAUUCAGCAAAGGAACAGGCCUCUUUUGCCUUGAUAGCUGGCUGUAUGGAUUUUUCUUGUGGAUGUUUUGCGUACAUAGAGGAGGCACAGCAGAAAAGCAUAGUAGGAGGAAAACGACAUUUUUACUUUUGUGUGUUAGGCGCAGCCUUUCUUGUCAGCCUGCACUGCUCAGCCAUUUUGAAUAAUUCUGGCUGCAAAACCUCAGCUGAUGAUUCAGUGAAAAUGAAUGUUGGUCUGGUACUGCACUAUGCAAUUGUGUGCCCUCUUGGUGAGCUGAACAGUUUGAAAAAUGCAUUUAGGAUCAGCCUAUCAGAAAAAAAGAUGCUGUCUGCCUCCUCUAUGUUUUGACAGCUACUCAUUAAAUCUAGGGGCAUCUGACAGUGCGUUAAUAAAGCAGAAAUUAACUUUAUGUUUCUCAAGAAAGGUGUGAAAUAGUACUUUCUUAUUUAUUUAUUUAUUUGAAGAUACUCAACUUGGUUACAUUGUCUUGCCUUACAGUAUAGCAAGGCUAUAUGAACUACACAAGUUUUAUACUCUCAUAUCACAGCCAAAUGUGAUUUCUUGAAACAAAAAGUCAAGGUUUAAAACACUGUGAGGCCUUAAGACUGGUUAAAACUAGACCUGUCAUGUGUGAGCAGGGUCCUUUCUGUAAAAUGAAAUGGCAUUCAGACCAACAUGCUGAUCACCUUGUAGAACCACUGCUAAAAUGGUAAGACAGUCCAUCGUCAUUAGUGUUUCUGUGUGAUCAGCUCCAUCCUUUCUCACAUUCAUUGUAAAAACAAAGAGCUGAGUGUCAGUCACAAUGGAUUUUUUUACUUCUGAUGUUAUUUAUUUUCAUUUGUUUGCAGUCAUCUUUGCAUUACUUUAAAGAGCAGACGGAAGAAAGACUUUUUUGCCAAUAUCGUUAGCCUCUUCUUAUAACCAUUUCAUUUAACAGAUGCCUCAACCCAUUUCUUGCUGCAACAUUCUGACUAGCAGAAAUAUUGCCCCAAAUGGGAAUAUUCAAGUUUUAGCACUUUCUUUUACUCCUAUUGUUAUAUGUCUCAGAAUGUGCACAGUAAAGAAAGCCUUUUUUAAACUGCAAAAAAAAAAUGACUUGGCAUUUCCUGAGUGUGCACUUUAAGGUCUUCUGUAUCACGAUGCAGGAUGACUGUCUGAUGUUCAGAUUGUUUUUGUGAGGAAACCUGAUUUAUCGCAUCCUUUGAUGUCUUAUGGUUGCAUAGCACUGAGGUUGCUUGAAGCCUUUGUGAGUGCACAAAUGCAAACACACACACACACACACACACACACACACACACACACACACACACACACACACACACACACACACACACACACAUACACACACACUUUUAAGCCAUUGUCUGUCCACUAGCACUCUGCUGUGACCUAGCCAGCCUGUUUGUUCUUGUUUGUGGUGAGAUUCAGUCAUUGGAUUCCAUCAUUAGGGCAGGCGUCAGGUUUUUCUAUUUGAUCCUUAUUUCCUGGUACCCCCAUAGUAAUUGAUGGAUUUGCCAACAUUACCAGCCUCUGAACUUACAUAUACCAACUCCGAGGUAGGUUUACCUCAGAGAAAAGGGAAUAUUCUGAGAAAUGGCCAUCUCAAACUUAGUAUAUGUAAGUCUGUUUUCUGGCCAUUCAGUCUCCUGUUUCAGUACUAACUGUAGUGGGCCAUGACAUUUCAAAUGGCUACCACAUUGCUAGGCAUUUGUGGACCUAUUGCUGCUAAUGAAACUCACUCUUUGUGUACAGGAUGCCUUGAUACACUCAUCCCCCAAACAUGUGCAAAGCAGCACUGACUCAUUCUGCCCUUCCUUGCCACUUCCUGUUUACUAGUCAGCCCCAUAUCAUUUGGGUCAUGUUUAGAGAUCAUCUCUGUCCCUCACAGUGCCAGCUGUAGUUACAUGGAUAAUAGUAUGACUUCAUUAAUAAGAAGAACAGGACAGCAAGACCCCUGUUGAAAAGUCGGCACUCAAAAUGCUGAGUGCUGAAAAGUAAAAAAAAAAAAAAAAUCCAGAGAAGAGGAAAUCUUGAAAAUUGCUGUUCUCCUUAAAAUGUCUUUUUUGCAGGGGGCAAGGUCUCCCUCCACCUCCACACCCUCAACAUGUAUACCAACUCCACGAUCACCAUACUUUGAUGACAAAAAAAUAUUCUGAGAAAUGGCAUAUCGGACUUAGUAUAUGUAAGUCCAAUCUUUCAGCCAUUUAGUAUCCAUAUUUCAGGACUCGCUGAAGUGGGUCCUAGCAUUUUAAAUGGUUACUGGCAAAGGCUGCCCUUGAUAAAAAAUGUCUGUAUUACCUUUGGUAGCAUUUCUAAAUAUAUACUGAUGGUUUCAUUUCAAAUUAUAAAACCAUUUCCUCUCUGUCUGUCUUUCUCUUUCUCUAUGACAAUAUGAGUUCUGAAAACUAAAAGGUUGUGGUCUACAUGAGGCAUUGUUGUGCUCUGAUGUUUGAAGAGUGGUACACAGUGCAUGUUAAGAAACCCCUCCUUAGUGCUACACAGCAGGUUCUACACUUGUCCAUAGCAAGUCUCAUAACUCCACACAUACGUUCAAAGUUGUGCCCUGCUGUAAUGACAGUUUAUAGUUGACUUCUGGGACUUUUAAGUCUUGUUAAACAAGACAGUUCAUCAUGUCAAGGCAGGUCUUUCCCAGAUCCAUGUUGAAAGCAGCCUUGUUUAGUUUUUUUAAGGGGACUGUUGGUUACCAAGAGGUUUAUGAAUUGCUUCUGUCUGUAUACAGGUCAGACCAUCAGGGUAUCAUUAACAUGAACUCCUGCAGAAACUGGCAUGUGAAAUCAGGUAAAGAACAUAAACUGUAGGAAGUAAGGUUUGAUGUUCGACUUCAGAGACCAUUAUUUGUCAGAACUGAAAUGACUGAGAUGCAUUAUGAUUUGAUGUGUCUUUGCAAGGCAGUAGGAAAUCUCUUCUCGUCAUCUAAUGGAUUUUUCUUCUUAUAAUUCAUUGUUGUAGGGUAGAGCCAUCUAACUCAAGAGAGCAAGGAAGGAAACACCAGAGAUACUAUUAUAGCCAACAUUUUGUCCUUGAACCUUACAUCAGCACCUAAAUGCGGUGGUUGUCACAUCAUUUUAUUGCUUUUACAAUGUGUUAGGCAUUUAUUAUUGUUUGUGAUGACUGCUUAUGUAUUUGUUUAUUGUUUUUUUUAUGCGGUAAUAGCAAUGGGGGGGCAGUGCGCAUGUUCAUUGAAAUGCCUAGAAAAUGCAAUACAUACAAAAUUAAACUAACACUGUAUUUAUUUCAGUAUGUUUGUCUUAAUGAGAUUUUUCCUACAAAAGUGGCUUUUAUUUGAGAAUUCUGCUGAAUCUUCAGCUUAUGGUACAUUUAUAAAGGUUAUUUUUGUUGUUUCUUAUCUCCCAAAUGCUGUAUCUACUAUGCAAUUUUGCAUUGUUGUAAAGAAUUACUAACAGAAAAGUGCUAGCAGUUGCAUUAACCCUUUCUGUAUAGUGGCGGUGUGGUUAGUUAUGGGGCACGCCUUAUGUUUGUUCUGUCGUUUCCCUUUAUUAUUUUCUUUUUUUGCAAAUGCCUGCAUUUACUCUGUCACCUCAAAAAUGUACAAAGUGUAAUAAAGAAUUUUUAAACAAGUAAUAAAUUAUAUUUAUAAGCAGUUUACAAUAUGGAA